UGUAGCAAGGAGUAGCUAGUGGUCUUAUGGUUUCCGUCUUUGUACGAGGAACACCGAACCGCCCAGGAGUGCAGUAGGAUUUAGCUGGAUCUCGUUGCGUGCCGGAAGAUGAUGGAAAACAAGAUUGUUUUCCUGCUCUUCCUGGGGGCACUUAUAAGCGCCUCACGGGCGGAAGCUUUACCUGAUGAAAGCUUUCUUAUCACACCGGUAAACAAGCAGAACUUGCUGAAAGCACUGCUGCAGCAAGAAUCGACCUCUUCGAAUAUUGGCCUCCGAGGAUCGGGUCAAAAGGAUGAAGAUGGAUAUCAUUACGAUCGCCCACAGGAUCCGCUCUGUCUCCUAGGUGAUGGACCACACUGUCAGCAAACGAAACCUGACAACGGUUAUCUGCCGCCUUGCCCACCAGGAUCGCAAGGACCAAACUGUCAGCCAACUGCACCCAUCUGUCCCCAAGGCGGAAAUCCACCACACUGUUGUACAAAUGGAGGAAAUGGACCGAACUGUGUAUUGCCGGAAGUACCUCCGAUACCGCCGAUCAUAGUUCAUCCUGGCCAUACCGGAGCACCCAUCGUACAGGUACAGACCUUCGUGUACGGAGCAUGCACCAACGGUGGCUCUGGACCGUACUGCUGUACAAAUGGAGCAAACACACCCGACUGUGUUCUGAGUGCACCUCCUAUUGUGGUUGAGGCUCCACCACAGCCACCACCAACGAGACCACCGCCGCCACCGCCAACGAGACCACCACCGCCACCGCCAACCACAACGAGACCUCGUCCACCGCCAACGACGAGACCUCCGCCGCCACCGACCACUACAAGGCCUCGACCGCCACCAACGACGAGACCUCCGCCACCGCCAACCACGACUCGCCCAAGACCUCCACCUACUACGACUCGUCCUAAGCCUCCACCUACUACAACUCGUCCUAGACCUCCACCAACUACCACAAAGCCACGUCCUCCGCCAACUACUACACGUCCAAAGCCACCGCCAACGACGACCAGGCCACGACCUCCGCCAACUACCACUCGUCCAAAGCCUCCUCCAACAACUACUCGUCCAAAGCCACCGCCGACCACUACGAGGCCACGCCCUCCACCAACUACCACUCGUCCAAAGCCUCCGCCAACGACGACAAGGCCACGACCUCCACCAACUACCACUCGUCCAAAGCCUCCGCCAACGACGACAAGGCCGCGACCUCCGCCAACUACAACUCGUCCAAAGCCACCGCCAACAACCACCAGGCCACGACCUCCGCCAACGACCACUCGUCCGAAGCCACCGCCAACCACAACAAGGCCACGACCUCCACCAACGACCACUCGCCCGAAGCCACCGCCAACCACAACAAGGCCACGACCUCCACCAACGACCACUCGUCCGAAGCCACCGCCAACGACGACCAGGCCACGACCUCCGCCAACUACAACUCGUCCAAAGCCACCGCCAACGACGACCAGGCCACGUCCUCCACCAACGACCACUCGUCCAAAGCCCCCGUCAACGACGACAAGGCCGCGACCUCCGCCUACGACGACUCGUCCGAGACCUCCGCCAACUACCACUCGUCCUAAACCACCACCUACAACAACCCGCCCAAGACCUCCUCCAACUACCACUAGGCCCAAGCCGCCACCUACCACUACCAGACCACGCCCUCCGCCAACUACAACUCGUCCUAAGCCACCGCCGACGACGACACGUCCCAAGCCACCGCCGACUACGACGCGUCCCAAGCCUCCGCCUACUACUACCCGUCCAAAGCCGCCACCAACGACAACGAGACCAAGACCACCGCCAACCACGACGCGUCCAAGACCGCCACCGCCACCAACACCAACUCCUGCAUAUCCAAUCAUACCUGUGACCCAACCACCGGUAGUGUACCUCGGAUGCCCGAAUGGAGGUGUUGGUCCUUACUGCUGCACGAACGGAGGAAUCGGCCCGAACUGCGACGUACCACAGGGACCACCGUAUCAAUCGUGCGACAACGGCGGUCAACCACCGUUCUGCUGUACUAACGGAGGUGUUGGUCCUUACUGCGUGGAGAUUCAGCAAGCAAUCGAAGUCCGUCCACCGACGACUAUCGUUUACACGGAACCGGUUUACCAGCCGAUAGGGCCAGUUGUAGUGCCUCAGGGAAUCCGCCCCGGACAGGCUCCUCUGCCAACGCAGCCACAGCAGGUCCAGUACCAACCAUAUCAACCGCAGAUCCAGUACCAACCACAACAGCCACAGUUCCAGUAUCAACCGAUUCAGCCGCAGCAGCCACAGGUCCAGUACCAGCAGCAGCAGCCACAGAGCCAGUACCAACCACAGCGCCCAAUUAACGCACCUAGCUACGGUUAUCAGCCUCAGGUAACCAUAGUGCCUAGCUCUACACCUGCACCAUUCUUUGCCGGGUCAAGCGCACAGGCCGGUAGCGUCUUUGGACAGUCAUCUGCGAAUGAUUUUAUUCAAGCAAUAACGCCACGACCGGCCGCUCCUGCCGCUCCAAGACAACAGGCACAGCAGCAGGCAGCCCGACCACAGGCUACACCAGCCCCAGCUAGACAACAACCUUCUGCACGACCACAGGCUUCUCCGGCGCCAGCAAGACAACAGCCUUCGGCACGACCACAGGCUUCUCCUGCACCGGCAAGACAACAACCUUCUGCACGACCACAGGCUUCUCCGGCGUCAGCAAGACAACAGCCUUCGGCACGACCACAGGCUUCUCCGACACCGGCAAGACAACAACCUUCGGCACGACCACAGGCAUCACCGGCACCGGCAAGACAACAACCUUCGGCACGACCACAGGCAGCUACGCCACAGCGACAGACUGGUGGCUUCAAUAACGAUUUCUCCAACAAGGCUCCAGUGAGACCAGCGUCGGUAGCAGGAGCAGGACAAUGUGAAGGAUCGAACUGUGAGCACGGUUUCUACUACAAACUCGGUGAUCAGGCGGUCAUAUUUUAGGGAUUAGGAAACCAUUCACGUAUGAUGUAAGAGAUAUUGGUUUAUGUACAUAAAUAAAUGGUGGUUCCGCCGUGCCCGAUGGAACAAAUAAUAAUGUCACCGAAGAUGUUGGGUUA